AUGCAGCAUGCAAGUGGGGCUGCAUUUCCCACUCCAUCACCACCACCACCCCGUGGUGUGUUACCUACCAUUCUACCUACCUCAUCGAUGCAUCAGCACCAUCACCAGCAAAAUGCCCUGAUGGACAAGUUCACUAAAUGUAGCGAAUGCUUCUCCCGCUUCACCUUUCUCUCCUUCCCUCCAGCCCUGGAGGCUACACACUCUAACAGGCAGGCAGUUGGCGACCCAUCAGCGAAAGUGAAAAGGCUCCAAACUCUCAGUCAUCACGAGGAACGUGUUUGGUGUGUUUCAUGGAAUAAUGCCGGCACGAUCCUAGCGUCCUGUGGAGAAGAUAAAUCCGUUUGUCUCUGGGUUACCGAAGGUCCUACAUGGAAGUGCGCCUUCUCUUCGACUGAUAACCACAUUCGCACUGUUCGACACGUGUCAUGGUCUCCAAGUGACAGGUACUUAGCUACUGCUAGUUUCGAUUCAACCGUUGCUAUAUGCCGUGUUGAGGUAACAGACGGAACAAUCGACCUGCUAUCUAUCGCUAUUUUGGAGGGCCAUACCAGCGAGGUCAAAUGUGUGACCUGGUCGCCCUCCGGUUGCCUCCUGGCCACGUGUGGACGCGAUAAGAGUGUGUGGAUCUGGGAAUUCGAUGACGAGGAGGACUUCCAGUGCGUCAGUGUCCUUCAACCCCACCGUGGUGACGUCAAAUACGUCUUUUGGCAUCCCAUCAAAGAGAUGCUGGGUUCCACAAGCUACGACAAUACAAUCAACUUGUACAAAGAGGAGCUCGACGACUGGGCAGUUGUUUGUAAAUUGAUUGGUCACGAGUCCACCGUUUGGAAGGCGGAGUUCUCACCAAACGGUCAGUUUUUAGCCUCCGUAAGUGAGGACACAAGCAUCAAACUUUGGCAUGAAUUGCCUGAUGAAAAGUCUCCCCAUUGGGUAUGUUUUAAAACCCUAGCAGGCUACCACAAUGCACCUGUAUUCGGUCUGGCCUGGACUCCCUGCGGUCACUAUUUAGCCACAUGUGGUGGUGAUAACUCCGUCUACGUGUUCCGGAUAAAUCUUACCCCAGGCAACCUCGUGAGUGAGGUUUCAACUGAGGAUGUGGUAGUGUGGCAACACCUUUCCAAAUCCCACGGAAGUGAUGUAAACUGUGUAGCAUGGAGGCCGAAGAUAUGCGAGCCGAAGGACGCCGUUAUGAGGGCGGCCUAUCUGCUCGCCACAGCUGGUGAUGAUCGGCAGGUGAACUUGUGGGGCAUGCCUCUCGACCUUGACUCAAUUUGUCAUGCGCUUCAUGCACAAUCUGAGGAAGAUGAGCUUGAUUGGCGCUCUUGUAAUGCUGUCUCAGACAGUCUAGUGGGACUGACCCCCAAUGCCUUCUUGGGGAUGUUAGAUUUCGGAGAUGCCAAGGCUAGUUUCGAUUCGGUCACGAUUUUCCCCGAAUUGGCCUUGAAAAUGGACGAGUGCCCUGUCGGUGGUGGGGAUCGACGUUCAUUUGAAAAAGACGGGUAUUUUGGCGGCAGUGAGACUAUUCGUGUCGGCAUCAAACGUCUACCAGUUGACCAGGCGGAUGCAGCUGCAGCACAAAAGAAGUUGAGACUCGAUGUAGUAGCGGAACAAGCACGCUACAUCGAGGCGAUCAGUCAGUGGAAUGAGGAUGAUCAGGUUGAGCUCUUCUGUCUCUUGCUCUCCCACAUGUCGCAAACACAGCGAUCUCGGAUCAAUAGCAGAAUCCGCUUUGGUGAAGAGGGAGUAGCCAUUGUCUCCGACGAUUCGCUUAGACAUGAACCGGCUUUGAAGCAGUGGUGGGAGACGGCGCAUUCUUUUCGGGGGGUGGUGGGUGCUGAGGGUGCAGGAGGGCUGGAGGCUAGUGACAGGUGGGCCCCAUCGGCACCCGCGACUCCAUUAGUGACAGCCUCAACGUCAGUCUGUGUAGGAACAACCCGAAUGCUUGGACGGUCAUGUGAGCACCAGGCUCUCACUAAGUGGCAAAUUCCCAGCCUCUGUGCGAGAAAACAGAACCUUCAUCCUCCGACACCAAUAGCACUAGGCAAGGCACCAGAGUUGAUUGGCCUUUUCGUCGCCCCAACCUGCGAUCAUUGCCACGGCGCUCAAACCUUCCCAUGGGCAGCUGAGGCAGGGUCUGCACCUCAUAGCGGUGGUGCCUUAACCCAUGCGAAUCUUCGUCGUCUCUUUGGCUACCUCUCAUCACUCGUGCACCCGAGUUCCUUGUUUGUUAGCACCUAA